AGGUAUUUGAGUGCUUUCUGUCUCAUCUGUUCGAUGACAAAAUUUAGUAACACCUAUAAUCUACAUGCAACUUAUUUUUUUGAAGUAAUCGAUGGUGAAUUGAUUUGCAGGAUAUAUUAAUUUUCUUUAUUUUCCACACUUCUGGUUCCUACAAAUAUGUCUGGUGGACACAAGCAUCGUUACAAGAACGCAGGCUUGAGCGCAGAUGAGCUGCGUCGUCGCCGAGAAGAAGAAGGGGUACAACUGCGGAAACAAAAAAGGGAACAGCAGCUUUUCAAGCGUAGAAAUGUUAAUCUUCCAGCGCCCAAUGCACCAGACAUUACUUUGCAGGAUGAUAUCAGUAUAUCACCAUCAGAUGACAUUACUCCAGCGAUGGUUGCGGCUCUCUAUGGGGAUAAUCCACAGGAGCAAGUUAUGGCAACCCAAAAGUUUAGAAAGCUUUUGAGUCAAGAGCCUAAUCCGCCAAUAGAUGAAGUGAUACGGACUGGAAUAGUUCCUAAAUUUGUGGAAUUCCUGACCAAUAGCACUAAUCCAACAUUGCAGUUCGAAGCAGCGUGGGCACUGACGAACAUUGCUUCGGGAUCGUCAGAGCAAACGCGCGUGGUUGUAGAAUGUGGCGCGGUUGGCGUGUUGGUGGCGUUAGUGGCGGGCGGCGCGAGUGACGAUGUUCGCGAACAAGCCGUGUGGGCGCUCGGCAACGUGGCCGGCGACUCGCCGCGCUGUCGGGACACGGUGCUCGCUGCUGGCAUACUGCCGCCGCUUUUAGAGAUAUUAAAUAAGUAUACCAGGUUAUCUAUGACGAAGAAUGCUGUUUGGACACUUUCAAAUUUGUGUAGAGGCAAAAACCCCCCUACGAACUUUGAAGCUGUUGCACCUGGUAUUCCAGUUUUAGCGCGGUUGUUACAUCACACUGAUGCAGAUGUACUGAGCGACGCGUGUUGGGCUCUCUCCUACCUAUCCGACGGACCUAACGAGAAGAUACAGUCGGUGAUCGAUGCUGGAGUUUGUAGGCGACUUGUUGAACUACUUAUGCACAAUAAAUCGACGGUGGUAUCGGCGGCGCUGCGGGCGGUGGGCAACAUCGUGACGGGCAACGACGCCCAGACGCAGGCAGUCCUCAACUGCAAUCCGCUGCCCAACCUGCACGCGCUGCUCCGCUCCAGCACCGAGGCGCUGCGCAAGGAGGCCUGCUGGACGCUCUCCAACAUCACCGCCGGCAAUGCGGCGCAGAUACAGGCAGUAAUAGACGCCAACAUCUUCCCAGCACUAAUUGAAAUUUUAAGGCAAGCUGAAUUCAAGACAAGGAAAGAAGCGGCUUGGGCAAUAACGAACGCGACUAGCGGAGGCACUCAUGACCAAAUUAGAUAUUUAGUUGAACAAGGUUGUAUACCACCUCUAUGUGACUUAUUAACAUUAACGGACGCUAAGACAGUCCAAGUUGCUCUAAAUGGAUUAGACAAUGUAUUAAAAGCUGGCCAACAAUCUGAUCAUCGUGAUAAUCCGUAUGCUGUACUAAUUGAGGAGUGCUUUGGUUUGGAUAAGAUAGAAUUUCUUCAGUCACACGAAAAUCUGGAUAUUUAUCAAAAAUCUUUUGAGAUUAUCGAGAAUUACUUUGGAUCUGAAGAGGAGGACGGCAGACUUGCGCCUACGGUGUCGUCGACUACGGACCAAUAUCAGUUCAGCGCCGACCAAUCUGUUCCAAUGGGUGGCUUCCAAUUCUAACCUAGGCUUAUUAUUCUACUUUAUUAUGCUGACCGUGCAAUAUCUAUGUGUAUACAGAAGUGGGUAGUAUCUACAACUACGAUAAAAUGUUUUCUGAUCAAACCUAUCUACACGAUGUGUAUGUAAUUAUAUAAUGCACCCAUUAUGUAUAGAUUUUAUUAAUUUAUAUAGUUAACAAAGGAAUUCGCCUUCUUAUUUUUUUACUGUAGAUAAUGGCGUAUCUAGUUCAUUUAUUUUGUAGUAUGUAUUUGUUGGCCUUCUCAAGCUUUUGUUACUAAAAUAAUUAAACUUGUAUAUUGUUAUGUGAAAAGUAUCAUUUCAUAAUGUAUUACAGAUUGGUACCAACAAA